AUGGCAUCGGCGACAGCGGGCGGGCACGCUCUGAACCAUGCAACCAAAGCAGAUCUUGAACAGUCCCAGCAUAUUGAUGAGAAGAGCAGUGAGUCGGACGGAAAUGAUCUGAACGUAAUCACCUGGACCGAGAAGGAGGAGAAAGCAGUUCGCAACAAGAUCGAUUGGUAUAUCGUUCCUCUCGUCACAUUCCUCUAUCUGCUCUGCUUCCUUGACCGUGCCAACAUCGGCAAUGCCCGCAUCCAAGGCAUGCAGGAAGACCUGGCCCUAUACGGCUACCGCUUCAACUGGGCAGGGAGCAUCUUCUACAUUGUCUACCUGCUUGUUGAAGUCCCCUCGAACAUCAUUCUCAAGCGCGUUGGACCUCGCUUCUAUCUCCCGUUGCUCGUCGUAGGCUUCGGCGUGGUCUCAAUGUGCACGGCUUUCGUCAAGGACUUCGCCGGGCUCUGCACGGCGCGAGCCUUUCUCGGCAUCUUCGAAGGCGGAGCCAUGCCCGGCAUCGCCUUCUUCCUAUCCUGCUUCUACAAGCGCAAGGAGCUCUACUUCCGCAUCGGCAUCUUCGUGUCAGCAGCCUCCAUGGCCGGUGCCUUUGGAGGGCUUCUGGCUACCGGUCUCGCACGUAUCCCGCGCUGGGGCUCGGAUGCGGCACCCAUCCACACGUGGCGCAACAUUUUCUUCUUUGAAGGGCUUAUCACCAUCUUCGCCGGCCUUCUCGCGCCCAUCAUUAUGCCCCAGAGUCCCAGCACCUGCAAGUGGCUGACCGAGCGACAACGCUACAUUGCCCACGAGCGCCUGAUCCGCGAGUACAAGUCCGACCCCAUGGAGACAGUCAAGGCGCGACAUGUGAAGCGUGCCGUGUUCAACGUCAACAACAUCGUCGCCGCUGGAGGCUUCUUUGCCAUCAACGUCACCGUGCAGGGUGUCAGUAUUUUCAUGCCGACCAUUCUCGCCGAUCUAGGCUGGACUGCCACUCAAGCACAGCUGUACUCCGUUCCCCCUUACGUCUGUGCCUGUUUCGUGGCCAUCCUGGUCGCCUUCAUCAGCGACAAGACUCAGAGGCGAGGCGUCUACCUCGCGAGUUUCACCUUUUUAGGCAUCGCCGGCUUCAGCAUUCUGCGCUGGUACCAGGGCGUCAACGCCCGCUACGGCGCGGUCUAUCUCGUCGUGAUCGGCGCCUUCCCCGGCGGCCCCGGCUUCCUCUCCUGGGCAGUCAACAACACCGCGGGCCCCAACGUCCGCGCCGUCGCCUCCGGCUACAUCGUCUCGCUCGGGACCAUGGGCGGCAUCCUCGCCACGUGGGCGUACCUGCGCGACGACGCGCCCCUCUACCACAUCGGCCACAACAUCAACCUGAGCAUGCAGGUCUUGGUGCUGUGCCUCGCCAGCUUCGGCAUCUACUGGUGCCACCGCGAGAACCGGUUGCGCGACCAGGGCAAGCGCGACCAUCGCCUCAAUGGCCUCACUGAGGCGGAGCAGGCGGAUCUCGGCCACUUGCAUCCGAGCUUUAGGUAUAUCUCAUGA